AUGCCCAAGGCGGAGGAGUCGAUCGCGACGUCGCGCACGAAGCGCGAGCCGGAGGCGCGCGUGCUGGAUUCGAAGCCGUUCAAGGAGUUCAUCGAGCGGCUCCGCACGAACACGCUAGACUGCGACGCGGGCGGGAAGGUCCUCCGCCUGAAGCGCUUCAUCAAGUCCAACGCGGGUCCGCGCGUGCUGAACGCCGUCCUCGACGCGCUCAAGGAGAACACGAAGGUGGAGGCGCUGUACAUUCAAAACUUCGAAGACGGCUUCUUCGACGAGCAGCUCGCGAAGCUCACGGAGGUGCUCAAGCUGAAGCGGAUAUGGUGCCUGAACGUCGGGGAGAACUUCCGAACGACGCUGCCCGCGUGGAGGCAGUUCGCGAGAGACCUGGAGGACACCGCGGUGUCGCACAUGUACGCGUCGGAGCAUCACUUCAUCGGCACCGACGUGAAGCGACGGAUGAAGGACGUCAUCCGAGAGACGCGCAAGGCGAACGUCAUACCGCACUCGCUGGAGGUGAUCAUGAACUGCGGGAACAUGUGGUUUAACCCGAAGCUUCCGAAGUGGGCGCAGGACGUGAAAGGCGGCGCCGCGGCGAUCAUCGCGCGGCAGCAGGCGGCGUCGGCGGAUUCGUCCGUGUGCGCGCUCGCGGGCGCGGGCGGCGAACGAGCGCCGGGGGAGGACGGGACGAAGCCGCGCGCGAAGAAGAUGGGCUCCGUCGCCGCGAGCGGGAUCGAGGCGUACCUUCGAGAGAAGCGCAGCAUCUCUCGCGGGCACGGGAAGCGGGUCGUGCAUCAGACGGCGAAGGGCGCAGCUUUCGUCUCGGGGGAGACGGCGAAACAUCGGAGGACGGAGAAGCUCCGACGCGAGAGGCUCGCGAGGAAGAAACAGGAGGCUGCUGACGCGGCGACCGCGGAGAAGAACGUCGAGAGGGUCAAGGAGCUUCUGAGACAAGGCGGCGGCGCGGCGGUCGUCGGGUGGAAAGUGCGCGUGUGGUGGCCGCUCGAGAACGAAUGGUUUCACGGCACGGUGACAAAGUUCGAACAAGGCGGCGCGAAGCACCUCGUGGAGUACGAGGACGGGGACACGCAGCACGUCUUGAUCGGAAAGCUCGCGGGGGACACCGCGAAGGUGGGGUUCCUCAGAGCGCCGCGCGGGCAGGGGAUCGCCGCGAAGGAAAAGGCGUCCGGCGGCGAGAAGAGGAAAAAGCCGGAGCCGCCGCCGCCGACGCGAAAGAGCUCGCGCGCGCCGGCGCGACGCGCGGAGUCGCCGCCGCCGCCGCCCGGGGGACUUCGAGGGUCGCACGGGAUCCGCGCCGCGGCGCAGGCGAGGCGUCUGCAGCAGGCGCUGGACAGCGCGCCGAAGCGACGAAGGUCGAGCUUGGGGGGGAAGUGA